UCGCACGCACCCACCAAACAAACACCCAGCCCGCACGCUCGCAGGGGAUCCGGCGCCACCGUUCGGAACCCCGAACGAAAGCCGCUCUUUAUUUAUUCCGCUCCUUUCCUGUGGAGCGUGCCGCAGCUCUGAACCUGGUUCCGUCCACUGUCUGUCGCCCAUCCCGCGGCACCCCACGCACGCGCCACAGCCAGCCGGCGUCCGCGUCCGCGUCCACACGCUCCACGCCGGCGCCGAGGAAGGAUGGAGAAGGCCCUCACCAAGCUCGGCAGCUUCACCAUCCCCCGCAAGGCCAAGCAGGAGCUCUCCGCCAUCGGCGGCGACAUCUCGCGCAUCUCAAGCACCGUGGAGGAGAAGGCGAAAUGGGUCUUCGAGAAGCUCAAAGGCAAACCAAACAAGUCCCUCUCUGACCUGCUGCGCGAGUACAACCUCCCUCCGGGCCUCUUCCCUCGGAACAUCAUCUGCUACGAGUACGACCAGACGAGCUCGAGGCUCGUGGUGCACCUGGCCAAGCCCUGCGAGGUGAGCUUCAAGGACUCCUCCAUGAUACGGUACGCCACCCGCGUGAAGGCGACCCUGUCCCGGGGCAAGCUCUCGGCGAUCGAGGGCAUGAAGACCAAGGUGGUGGUGUGGGUGAAGGUGACCACCGUGAACCUGGAGAGCUUCCGGUCCGACAAGGUGUGCUUCAUCGCCGGCGUGAAGAAGCUGAGGCAGAAGGACGCCUACGAGGUGCCCCGCGAAGCCGCCUCCGUCGAGGAGUUCUGAACCUUGAUCUGAUGAUCCGUCUUCUUAUCCAUAGUGUCCAUGAUUCGUGCCAUUCUUUUGAGUCCCAUGUGGUGUGGUUCCUGAGGGCGUGCUGGUGAUUGAGUUGGUGUGCUGAGGCUCGGCAUGUCUGUACAUUGGAUUUGGUUCUUCCCGAUGAAAGGCACCCUUGCAUGUUCUCUGAUCA